UAUUAGUAAUUAUAACUUAAUCAUAAGUAUAACUUACAAUAUUCAUUAGUGCUAUAAUCAACUAAUUAAGAAAAAUGGGUUUGCCCAAGAUGAUUUAUCUUGGGUUCUUUGUUUUGUUUUUGGCUAUCAUGGCCGAGGCAGCAAGUACUCCACCAGGAAUCGCUAAAAACCCUUCAAGAGCGUCGUGUAAUAAAAAGGAGUACAAGAUGUGCUACAACUUGGAGCAUGUUUGUCCUAAAUUUUGUCCUGAUAGUUGUGAAGUAGAUUGUGCUUCAUGUAAGCCAAUUUGUUCUUCUACUUCAACAAGUGAACAUCAUUCACCUUCGGGAUCAUCUUCUGCAGCAUCAUCCGCUGCUUCAUCUGCAGCAUCAUCUGCUGCCUCAUCUGCAGCAUCAUCUGCUUCUUCAUCCGCAACAUCAUCAGCAUCAUCAGCAGCUGCAGCUGCAGCUGCAGCUGCCGCUGCUGCAUCUUCUGGUUCUUCCUCCUCUUCCUCCUCCCCCUCUUCAUCAUCAUCUGGUGGAGGAAAAAAGAACUCUCAUACAUCAUAUUACCCAACACCAUCAACUCCUAAGGCACCAACACCUUCUCCUUCUACUCCAUCAUCGCCUUCAAAGCCUACUCCCUCGACAUCUUCUCCUCCUUCCUCUAAUGCUGGCUACAGAAAGAGAGCUAAAUGUAACAACAAGAAGUACGGACAAUGUUAUAACCAAGAGCAUGUAUGUCCUGCUAAUUGCCCUACUUCAUGUCAAGUCGAUUGUGUCACUUGCAAGCCUGUCUGCAACUGUGACUAUCCAGGAGCCAUAUGUCAAGACCCUCGCUUCAUAGGAGGAGAUGGUAUCACCUUCUACUUCCAUGGAAAGAAGGACAAAGACUUUUGCCUAGUGACCGACCCCAACCUCCACAUCAACGGACACUUCAUCGGUAAAAGAAAUGCAAACAUGGGACGUGACUUUACAUGGGUUCAAUCCAUUGGAGUCCUCUUCGACAACCAUCGUCUCUUCUUAGGCGCUAAGAAGACCUCCGUAUGGGAUGAUGCCAAUGACCGCCUUUCCUUGGCCUUCAACGGGGAGCCAAUAUACCUAGAAGAAACCGAAGGCUCUCAAUGGUCAUCCACCUCCACUCCUUUAGUCACCAUAACAAGAACAAGUAAGACCAACGAACUUAUCGUUGAAGUCCAAGGAAAACUCAAGGUCACGGCUAAGGUUGUACCUAUUACUGAUGAAGACUCUAGGGUGCACAACUAUGGUGUUACCGAUGAGGAUCGGUUUGCUCAUCUUGAUCUCGGGUUCAAGUUUCUAUCAUUAACCGGAAAGGUUGAUGGUGUGCUAGGGAAAACUUAUGCAAAUGAUUACGUGAGUCGAGUUAAUACUCGAGUAUCAAUGCCGGUUAUGGGAGGAGAAAGGGAGUAUGCUAGUAGUAGCAUUUUCGCCAUGGAUUGUUUGGCUUCAAGGUUUGUUGGUGCUCAAGAAGAGACUUCAUUGCCAACCAUGGAGCUUGCUAGCAUGAACUGUGGUAGUGGGAUGAAUGGACGUGGGGUUGUUUGCAAGAGAUAACUCAAAGUAUUAUUUCCAUAUAUGUGAUGGAAAUGUACAAGUAAUAAGAUUUAUUUAUUUACUUCCUCAUAUAAUAAAGUACAUAAGUAUAUGUACAAGGUUGAAUGUCCUAAAGAAUAUUCAGCAUUUUAUAGUAUGGUUGAUAUAUGAUUGAGAAUUUGAGAUAUAUUUGUAACAAAAUGUCUUCAAAUACGUAGUAUAUGUUUUUAAUAAAAAUAAUUAAUACGUACAUUUUACUACCAAGUUUAUAUGCCAUACUUAUGUGAUUUUGCAUAAAAUUUCUCACACAACAAGGAUCUCUGCCAAUUACCAAAGUUUUUGAGGAUGUGAGGGUUGCAUAAGAAAUUAUUGGCUUUACAAUUACAAGUAUAUAUCACCCAUAUUUUUUAUUUUUAUUUUAUUUUUUUUGAAUGAAAGAAUCUCCGGCAUUAUAUUAAGUUAAGUUAACUUCCGCCAACGAUAAUAUGCGGUGGAGAAACGAACCCAUACAAUGAUACAAAUGUACUCCAAACGCCCAAAAACGUACCGUACGUCUCUCAUCUAGCAAUUAUAUGGGAUACAGUAUUACAUACUCUUUUCACAUUGAGCAAUACUAAAAUAGUCAAAUAGUGAGCUAUAUAUCUAAGACAAUAUCACCCAUACAUUAUUAAGGAUAAUGAUGUCCUUUUUGCGCGAAAAUGGUAUGGAUUAAACAAAUAACCAAGUCCAAAAUUCAAAGUUCUUGAACUCAGACUAAAACGUUCCUAUUCCUUAUAUAGUUAUACCUCUUUUCUCCCCUCCCAUCCAUCUUCUCCCUUCCGCUCAUAUUUUCCUUUACUCUAUAAUAUUUCUCUUGUAAAAAAUUAAAAAUAUAUUAAUUUUAUGAUCUUUUCAGAUCAUUCUUCAUUAUAAAUCAUUUUUAAAAAAAUGUUUUUCGUCAAAACAAAAGAAGAUAGUAUAAAAUUAUCACCUAAGUUCUUGAAAUAAGUGCAUGUCUCCUAAUGACCAACCAAAGUCUUAUAUUCUUCUUUCUUCCUCUCUAAACUUUUGUUCUUCAGUCAAAAGUCAAGUGAGAUUUUUCCAUAGUCAAGCUGAACAUCUGAGCCAUUGUUCUCGUUCUUGUUCCUUCCAUUAAUGCUACAGUGAGUGAGAUCAUUUAUUGAGCAUUUUCUGUUGGUGCAAAGUCCUAGAGCUGAUAAAAUUCAGCCC